CGAUAACGGUGAAUGUUGCAUUUUUUAAGUUACAAAAGCACAUUUUUAUUGAGUAAUAAAUACCAAACGGUGUUUCAAUUAGUUGAAACAUGCGUAGUAGUUGGAAAAAUAAUCGUUUUUUAAUUUAAAUUGUUUACAAACCGCAACUUUUUGUUACUUGGCGUACAAUUUUAUGUGCAGCUGCUCAAUAUUUGUUCAUUUGAGUGCACGAUGGCGAGCCAAACGCACGGAAUCCAACAGUUACUCGUAGCUGAAAAACGGGCCGCUGAAAAAGUCGCCGAAGCACGAAAAAGAAAAGCCAAAAGAAUUAAACAGGCUCGCGAAGAAGCUCAAAUUGAAAUUGAAAAGUACAGGAAAGAACGUGAAAAACAAUUUUUGGAAUAUGAAGCGAAAAAAUUGGGUUCUAAGGAUGAUAUAGCAGCGAAAAUCGAUAAAAAUACCGAAAGUGUUAUGGAACAAAUGGCUCAAGAUGUUGAGCAAAACAAAGACCAAAUUGUCAGUGAUUUAUUGGAACUCGUUUACGAUAUAAAACCAAAGGUGCAUCCGAAUUACUUCGUUAUGAAUCCCACUGCGUUAAGAGACGUUUCAAAGAGUCAGAUUAAAAUCGAAAAUAAUUAAUUUCGCUGUUACUUUUUUUCUAUAUGGUUGAGGAAUUUUAAUAAUCUUAUAUUUUG